CCCGGUUUUGAGGUUAGAAAGGUUAUGUCGGCAUGACGAUCAGCAACGUUAAAUGCUGAAUUUUUUCUCUUUAUUUUUGACUUUAUAUGAAAGUGUUGGACAGUUAAUAUAUUAAAAAAAUGACACAAGAAAAGCCCUGUCGAACUUGUACGGAUUUUAAGACAUGGGCGAAGAUUCAAAAAAAGACUUUCGAUUCGGAAAAGCAAACGAAGGAAGAGAAGCCAUCAGAAGCAGCAGCGGCCGUUCGCAAAGAUUGUCCUCUCGACAAAGAUGAAUUAGGUUCUAAAACAUGGGCAUUUCUUCACACAAUGGCAGCUUAUUAUCCAGAAAAACCUACGAUGGACCAGCAAAAGGACAUGAGUACCUUCUUCUACAUUUUCUCAAAAUUUUACCCCUGUGCCCCCUGUGCCGAAGAUUUUCAAGUACAAUUAAAAAAAACUCCCCCAAAAACAUCAUCGCAGAGUCAAUUAAGUCAGUGGCUCUGUAUACUUCACAAUGAAGUAAACAGAAAAAUAGGAAAGCCAGAAUUCGAUUGCAAAAACGUAGAUCAAAGAUGGAAAGACGGCUGGCUAGACGGUUCCUGUGAUUUGUGAUAAUUUCGAAUAAUUAUUUAGAGAGGAUAUUUAACAAAAUGUAAACUUGGUGUAAAAGUUGUAUAAUUUAAUCGUGUGUGAGACACUAGUAAUUUUGAUUAUUCAGACAAGCGACAUAAUUAUGUCGAAGGCACGAAGAAGCUUCAAUGUACAUAUUUUAUACCUUUCAUAAAAAUUGUUCCCACUUUAUAUUAUAAGCAAAGAAUUACGUUUGCACAUUUGCUUUAUCUUUCUCAAUAAAGCUCGUUAUUCUGCUUCUAGCAGGUCUAGAGCACUGGGUGCUUAAUAAUUAACGAUUGAUAUAAUGAUCAAUGAACAUUGAACAUUACGAAUUUUGUAAAGAGAUAUAUAAAACGUAUGCAAUUUUCAUUAAACGAGAUAUUCUGAAUAGUAUCAAACCCAGUAUUCCGCGAUAUUAAUUGUAAAUAAACUACUUUCGAACGUUAAUCAAA